UCAGACAGAAUGCUGCCUCCCAUGGCCUUUCCUACUGUUGCUUGGAUGCUGCUCUCCUGCUUAAUGCUCCAAUCUCAAGUGACAGGUGAAGACUUGCAGAAUGGGCAGCUUUCUCCAAGAAUCAGUUGCCCCAAAGGUUCCUUGGCCUAUGGUUCCCACUGCUAUGCCCUGUUUUUGGCAGAAAAAUCCUGGAUGGAUGCAGAUUAUGCUUGCCAGAAGCGACCUAAAGGACACCUUGUGUCUGUGCUCACUGGGUCUGAGGCUUAUUUUGUGGCCUCACUCAUCAAGAACAGUGGUACUUCAGUCUCUCAUAUCUGGAUUGGACUCCAUGACCCCACAGAGGGCAGACAACCCAAUGGAGGUGGAUGGGAGUGGAUCAGCAAUGAUGUGCUGAACUAUGUUGCCUGGGACAAUGGUGCCCCAACUGGCGCAGGCUACUGUGGGAGCCUUGUUCAAAGCACAGGCUACGAGAAUUGGCAAAGUCAAGACUGCCGAAAACCACUACCCUAUGUCUGCAAGUUUCAGGGGUAG